UGAUUACAUGGAUCAUGUACAAACAUGUCCCAAUUUACUUCCUUGUAACCGACAUUUUAGAAAAAGAAGAGAGAGAAACCUACAUACAGAUGAUGUGACAAAUUCCUAAAUUAAGAGGUCAUGGCAUCCAAUAAACCUAUACUAUGUGGACCUUGUCACAAAGGAGAAAUAAACACUAAAGCUGACAUCUGGUGUUUUAACUGUGAUGAAGGAUUAUGCUCAACAUGUUUAAGUCAUCACAAAAGAUCCAAAGGAACCUGUGAUCAUAAGACCAUUGAUAUCAAAAGUUAUAAACCCUCCAUCCAAGCCAUCAAAACAGAAUGUGGCAAACAUGGUCAACAACUCAACUUGUACUGUCCCAGUCAUUUAAUGCCUUGCUGUGAUGAAUGUAUUUCCACAAGUCAUUCAAAAUGUACCGGCAUUAAAAGUCUAGUAAGUGUCGUAGAGAAAACCAAAAUUGAAAAAUCAAAGGAAUCUAUAGAGACAGACAUAAAUUCUAUCUUAAAUUUAUUGGUAACAUUAAUCAACAACAAAUCCAAAAACAUUGAAACGGGAGAAAAUCAGUGUUUAAGCAUAAAGAAAUCAAUUAAAGGAAUUAGACAGGAAAUAAAUAAACAUUUAGAUCACCUCGAGAAAAAGUUGUCCCAAGAAAUAGAUACCAUUUGGAAUCAGGAAAAAUCAAAAGCAACUGAUUUCACUUCUGAAAUUGAAGGGAAAAAGGAACACUUGAAAGAAAUGAAAAGAAAUUUACAAACAGUCACAUCAAAUACAACUAAACUACAAUCAUUUAUUGGUGUACAUCAGAUUGAACAAAAAGUACAUCAAUGUCAACGUUAUGUUGAAGAUCUGGAAAAUGAUGAGAGGACCAAAGAAUUAGACAUCAAAAUGAAGCAAAAUGAUGACAUAGAAAAGAUACUGAACAAGUUAGGAACAUUAAAAUCCCUAGGAGAAGUCAUUGUUAUAAAGACAGAAGUAGCCAUGAAUAGAGAAACAAGUGUAAAGAGGAAAGCACAGGUAGAAUCAAAAGAACAAUCCAACAUAAACAACAUGACCAUAAAUAUUGAGACAAAGAUAAAGAUCAACAUAAAGAAGGCGAUUAGUGACAUGAUUUGUCUGAUGGAUGGAAGAGUUAUAGUAGUGGAACGGCUUGGUGAAGUUUACCUACUUACUUCUGAUGGCAAACUACAGAAACAGUUACCUAUACCUGGUAGAGCCUGGAGAGUUACACAGAUCAAUCAGGACACUAUAGCCAUGACUUAUCCUAUGGAGACAGCCAUUAAGAUCUUCAAUAUGGAGAAUGAAACAGUAACCAAAGUUAUCACAUUAAACAAACCAUGCUGGGGUUUAUCAUUCUACAAUAAUUUUCUUGCUGUAGGUUUGGAUAAAGAUGAAAUCCGUAUUAUAGACUUGGAAGGACAUACACUGAAGUCAAUACAAGUUGAGAUUAAAUCAUACCUGUAUCAGCUUGUUUACCGUAAUGACAGAGUAAUCUAUAGUGACUGGAGUGGUAAAGCAGUAUACUGUGUGGAUGAAUCAGGUAAACAGACCUGGCAAUAUACACAGGAUUUAUCAGGACCAAGAGAACUUUGUACAGAUACUUAUGGUAACAUUAUUGUAGCAGACAGAAAUUCUCAUAGAAUAAUAGUAAUAUCAAAAGAUGGACAGAAUAGUAAAGUACUGAUUAGUAAAGAGGAUAGACUGGAGAAUCCUCAGUGCAUUUGUAUUAAACAUAAGGAGUCUUCAGGUUUCAUUUGUGAUUACAUAGGCAGUUGCUUGACAAAAUUCAAUUUAUCUAUGGGAUAACAUACACACUGAAGAAUAUUACGAUAUUACCUGCUUUUGAAAAUAUGAAAGCAAUAUACAAAUAUACAAAAUACACACGAUACAAGUGUUGAAAUUUGGUAUGAAGUUUGAAUGUCAAAGGAAAGAUAGGCAAGUGUACAUAUGUUAAACUGUAAUGUUGUUGUUGGGUUAAUAACAAAUUAAUGUUCACAUCACAUACCUGUAUAUUCUUAUGUGGUGAUAUGUGGUUUGAAUGUGGGAGGAAAUGUGGGCAAGUGUAUAGAUGUUUGUUGUCUGUUUUUAUUGUGUUGUUGGGUUACUGUCUAAUCAAUGUUCACAUCACAUAUCCUUAUAUUCCUAUAUUUUUAUUUCAAUUUAUAUUAAGUGGUGAUAUUUGGUGUGAUGUUUGAAUGUGAGAGGUAAUGCAAGUGUAAAGAUGUAUAUUUUUAUUGUUGUUGGGUUACUGUCUAUUCAAUCAAUGUUCACAUCACAUAUCCUUAUGUUCUUAAGUGAUAUGAUAUUUGUUGUGAAGUUCCAAUGUAAGAUGAAAUGUAGGCAAAUUUAUAGAUAUAUGUUUUUAUGGUUACUUUCUAAUCAAUAUCCACAUCACCUAUCCUUAUAUUGCUAAGUUGUGAUGUUUGGUGUGUAGUUUAAAUGCAAAAGAAAAUGUAGACAAGUGUGUAGAUGUAUAAUUAGUUUUAUUUUGUCUUAGGGAGCUACCAUUUGAUUUUUAUGGGGGGGCUAGGAUGAAAAUUUUGUCCUGCAUUUUUUUUUAGUUGUAAUCUCUGUCCUGCCUUUUUCUUUUUCACUCUAUUCGGUCCUGCCUUUCUUUUUUUUUUAAUAGUUUAUACUGAAUUUUUUUACAUAAAUUGUCAUCCUGCCUUUUUGUUUUGCCAAGUUGCUCAUCCUGAAUUUUUUUUUACUCAAAACUCCUGUCCUGCCUUUUUUUCAAAUUUCAUCCUAUUUGAUAAUUAAUGUCAUUGGAAGUAUGGUCAUAAAUAUAAGUUAUGCCUACUUGUUUUGCAGUAAAAGUAGUUUCCAAUUAAAGGUAAAAAGAUAAGACUUAGUUUUAACUGUGAUACUAUAAGAAUGAGUAUUCCAUGAUAAUGAAAUAUAUAAAUAUUCUGGAGCAGGAGGACGUACAAUUUAAGUUGAUGUUCGAAGUAAACAAGAGGCUCACCUGUAAUUUUUUGCUUAAAUCUUUCUUCAAUGAUUAUUUUUGCUUUUCAAUAUAUAUACUGUUUACAGUUUAUCUUUAUCUAUGAUAAUAUUCAAGAUAAUAACCGAAAACUGCAAAAUUUCCUUAAAAUCAUCAAUUCAGGGGCAAUAACUUAAAAAUCAGGUACCCAAUUUGGUUGAUAAUUUCAGGGCAGGUAGACCUUGACCUAAUGAGUACUUUAACUUCUUGUCUGAUUUGCUCUAAAUGCUUUAACUUUUGAGAGAUAAGUCAAAAACUGCAUUUUACCCUAUGUUCUAUUUUUAGCCAUGGCGGCCAUGUUUUCCGAGGAAACAGAAAAUAAAACAAAAACUUCAUUCUAGAUAACCUCAGAAUCAUUCAUCCUAAGUUUGGUUUAAUUUGCUUCAGGUAGUUUCAGAUGAGAAGAUUUUUUAAAGUUAGAAAACAUGAUACACAAAUUAUAAAAUUGUCCUUAAAGGGCAAUAACUCCUUCAGGGGUCAACUGACAAUUUUGGUCAUGUUUAACUUUUUUGUAGAUCUUACUUCACUGAACAUUUUUGCUGUUUACAGUUUAUCUUUAUCUACAAUAAUAUUCAAGAUAAUAACCAAAAACUGCAAAAUUUCCUUAAAAUUACCAAUUUAGUAGCAGCAACCCAAAAAUUGGUUAUUCUGUUCGUCUGAAAAUUUCAGGGCUGAUUAAUCUUAACCUAUUAAACAUUUUAACCCCAUAUUAGAUUUGUUCUAAAUGCUUAAGUUUUUGAGAUAUAAGCCAAAAACUGCAUUUGACCCUUAUGUUCUAUUUUUAGCCAUGGCGGCCAUAUUUAUUGAUGGAUCAAAACUUCGGAUACAAUUUGUAAACUAAAUACCUUAAGGAACAUUCAGUUAAAGUUUAGAAGUAUUAGGCCAAGUAGUUUAAGAUAAGAUUUUAUAAAUGUUAGCAAAUAUGAUGAACAAAUUUUGUAAAAUUGUCUUUAAAGGGCAAUAACUCCUUAAGGGGUCAAUUGACAAUUUUGGUUCUAUUAACUUUUUUGUAGAUCUUACUUUGCUGAACAUUAUUGUUGCUUACAGUUUAUCUCUAUCUAUAAUAAUAUUCAAAAUAAUAACAAAAAACUGCAAAAUUUCCUUAAAAUUACCAAUUUGGUGGAAGCAUCCCACCAAUGGGUUGUUUGAUUCGUCUGAAAAUUUCAGGGCUUAUAGAUCUAGACCUAAUGAACAUUUUUACCAUCUCAGAUUUGCUCUAAAGGCUUGAGUUUUUGAGAUAUAAGCCAAAAACUGCAUUUGACCCCUAUGUUCUAUUUUUAGCCAUGGCAGCCAUGUUUGUUGAUGGAUCAAAACUUCGGAUACAUUUUAUAAACUAGAUACCCUCAGGAACAUUCAGUUAAAGUUUGAAGGUAUUUGGCCAAGUAGUUUCAGAGGAAAAGAUUUUUGAAAUAGUUUACGCCAACAGACGACGACGAUGACGGACGCCAAGUGAUGGCAUAAGCUCAAAUGGGGCCCUUUGGGCCUAAUGAGCUAAACAGCUUAUCUACAUGCUGUUGUUCUGCAUGUAGAUAAGCUUUUUCAUAUUUUUUUUUAGUAAUUGCUCUAAAUGUUUGAAUUAUGCCUUAAAUUUUGCAUGUGUGCUACAUUUUUAUUUGAGCUUAAUUUUUAGUUGUGCUUAAAUUUUAGUUGUGCUUCAAUUUUUAGUUAUGCUUCAGUUUUGGCAUGUUUAGAUGUGUAGCUUAGAAAUGCUUUGCAUGUAUUUCAAUAUGCCUGUGCUGUUUCUAUGCAUUUGAAAUAAUAAUUGCUGCUUAUAUAUCUUAUCUGCAUGUUCUGUGUUUUAAUGUUAUGUAUAUGUUAUUUAUAUUUGGUAAAAAGCUCUCAAGAGCUUAUGUUUGUAUUGUGAACCUAAUCAAAAUAAAACACUUUCGUAUUCCUAUUCAUUAAAAUUGUCUGAAGUAGUGUUAAUUGGUUAAUAAACUUGUAAAUACUUAA